GUUCGAAUCCUCUCACUUCCUCCAAAUGGCAAGCAAAAUUUAUGUGUUGUCCGGGUUACAACAAGACAAAAUUACAAGCCAAGCCAGGUGCUAAUUUAGCCUUUUUGGAAAAAAAUAUGGCCUUAUUUUGUAAGGAAUUUAACGAUAAAACUAAAGAUAAGGACGGACAGAUAGUUAGCGUGGAAAUAAAUGUUUAUGAUGAUAAGAGUUAUAGUUAUAACAUUAGCACGCCACCUAGUGUUUAUCUAUUAAAAAAUAGACAAGCCGAAUUAGAAGAAAUUGCUCGAAAGUUAAUGCCUAGUUUGAAUACUGAUGAUAUUGAAAAGGCUAAAAAAAUUGUUCGAG